AUGACGCAGCGCCCGGGUACACAGAGUCUCUGGCGACGAGCCUGCGACAUUGGGGAGAAUGCGGUUGAGCGGUACCAUCGACUUGGCUGGACGGGCAAACUCGUCUUCUGGCUUUGGAUCGGGCUGUACCUCUUCGCCGGAAUUGUCAUGCUCGUCAUCGGGCCUAACAAGGUCUUUGCAUGGUUCGCCUCUCUCGCCGACAAGAUCCGGUCCCUCUCUUACGCCUGGGCAGUCUUCCUCGGCCUCGCCAUCGUGCUCUCCUUUCCGCCAAUGAUUGGGUUCGGCACCGCACAGACGCUCGUCGGUUUCGCAUUGAGCCUUUGGCCAGGCUUCCUCGUUUCGGCGGCAAGCUGUCUCCUUGGCUCUGCUUUGGCCUUCCUGCUCAUCCGCCUCUUCGACUCGUCCAUCUCGCGCUUCCCGGCUUUCCAGGCGCUCUCGCAGGCAGUGGCAUCCAAGGGUAGAAGCUUCGAGGUGCUUGACAUCCUCCUGCCCAAAGUCUUUCUCUACGUCUUCAUCGGCGACCGGAUGUACAAGUUCGCGGACCCAAAGUCGCGCGGCGAGAUGGACACUCUGUCGAAGUGGUUGAAUGCCGCGUCAAUAGGCAUAUCUGCCAUCGUCGCCGUCGGUGCGUCGUACUACGUCUACAAGAUUACUAUACGCUAUGCGGCAAUCCCGCAAGUCGACGACAGAGCGAGACAAGGCGCGAUGAACGGAAGUUCAGGAGGGGGACCUGCACCCGUGGCUUGGAGCAACGACGAGGAGUGGAGCGACUCCGACAGCUCGCGUGGUGGAGAUACAAGUGGAGAUGACGCCGUUGGCGGCAAGGCAAGGCGGGCCUUCAGGCGAGACGGGAGGUUCAGCUUGCGAAGGUCGAGGGAAGAAGUCGCACCUUUGGACGGCGACGACAGCUUUGAAGGGAGUCGAUCACCUGUCGACCACAGUGUAUCGGAGGUCGGGCGACACAGACGCUAG